GUGAAAGCCAUGAAGGGUUAUGAGCCCCGUUCAAGCUCUUCUUGUGCAGCUUGCAAGUUAUUGAAAAGAAGAUGCAUACCCAAUUGUAUUUUUGCACCAUACUUUCGCUCUGAUGAGUGUAAGAAAUUUGCAAAGGUUCACAAGGUAUUUGGAGCAAGCAAUGUAAGCAAGAUCCUCAUUGAAGUCCCAGAAGAACAGAGAGAGGACACGGUGAAUUCUCUUGCUUAUGAGGCAGAGGCAAGGCUAAGAGACCCAGUUUAUGGAUGCAUUGGUGCCAUAGCACUUUUGCAAAGGAAGAUGGUGGAGCUUCAACAUGAUCUUGCCAUUGCUAAGGAUCGUCUUGCUCGUUGUCAUGCUGCUUCUGCUUCUGCUACUGCUGCUACCAUAUCUUCUUCUGCUGAUAUCUUGCAUGCCCAUGUUACCUUGCCUCCAUUCCCUGACUUUUCCACUUGCAGUGAUUUCAAUGAUAUCUUCUGCCACAACUCUUCAUCUCAAUUAUUGACAAGACAUGAAGCGGUGGAUGAUUUCAAUCAAAUCCCAUAUAAUAUUUUAAUGUUAUGAAAUGUUAUUGUCCCCUUUUUAAUGUAAUUGUUAUGAAUCUUUAGAUCAAUCAAAAAGAAGCUACUCUGUUGUAUAUGUCAAGUGAUCUCAACAAAACAUGUAUUAAUUACUAUGUGUCAAAUUUCACAGUUCCUAUACUAUUACAGGAAUUAGGAACUGCUUGAAAAUUAAGGGUAUGUUGGCCUUUUAGUUUCCCUUUUGUAAUAACACUAGGAUUUUCAUUGAUGGUGCUUCUUCCUCUUGCAUAAUUUUGCAAAGUGACCAUGAAACUCUUCUCCGAUCAACUCUUU